AUGAUAAGAAAUAAAGGUUAUCCCGCAGAAACUCACGUUGUAACGACGGAAGAUGGCUAUCUUUUGACGGUACAUCGUAUCCCAGGUGGUAACAGCUCUCUACCAGUAUUACUAAUACAUGGUCUUUUAAGUAGUUCCGCCGAUUUUUUCGUUCUUGGCAAAGGCAAAGCACUCGGUUUCCUAUUAGCGGAUGAAGGAUACGAUGUUUGGUUGGGCAAUAUGCGUGGUAAUCUCUAUUCAAGAACACAUAUUUCUCUAUCUCCGUCGAACUUGACAUUUUGGGAUUUUAGCUAUAACGAAAUGGGUACGUAUGAUUUACCCGCGAUUAUUACAUAUAUUACGAAUAUGAGAUCGCAACCAUUGCACGCGUACAUUGGUCAUUCGAUGGGCACAACCAGUUUUUAUAUAAUGGGAUCAAAGCGUCCGGAAAUCGUUGAAAAAAUGCGAUUGAUGAUCAGCUUCUCGCCGACUACCUUUAUGGACCAUAUGAAAAGCCCGAUAAUAAUUCUCGUUCCCUUAUUUAAGAAGAUUAAGAUAAUAAUGGAUGUUCUCUUUCAUGGCGAAUUAAUGGAUAGAAGUUGGUUUCAAUAUUUUGCAGAAUUCUGCAAUCGGAAUUAUUCCAAUCAAAGGUUUUGCCUCAACGUGGCAUUUACAAUAGGUGGUUUCAAUCACGAACAAUUCAAUUAUACUCUAUUACCUCUUAUCAUGAAUCACGUUCCCUCCGGCGCCUCGUAUAAAACAUGGCUACAUUACGUUCAAGGAAUAGAAUCAAGAAAGUUUCGCUCUUAUGACUACGGUCGCGAGAAAAAUCUGCUGAUGUACAACUCGGUGGAACCUCCGGAAUACGAUCUAUCGAAGAUCACGGUACCAAUCUUUAUGUUCUACGGCAACAAUGACUGGUUGGUCGACCCUAUUCCAGAGAUGAUAAGAAAGGAAGGCUAUCCUGUGGAAACUCACGUUAUAAUGACAGAAGAUGGCUAUCUUUUGACGUUAUAUCGUAUCCCAGGUGGCAAAAAUUCUUUACCUAUAUUAGUGCAACAUGGUCUUUUAGCUAGCUCCGCUGAUUGGCUUGUUCUUGGCAAAAACAAUGCAUUACCUUACCUAUUAGCGGAUCAGGGAUACGAUGUUUGGUUGGGCAAUAUUCGUGGUAGUACUCACUCGAGAAAGCACAUUUCUCUAUCUACGUCAGACCCAAAAUUUUGGAAUUUUAGGUAUUCGCGCGCAUUAAAAAUGAUUUACUUAGACAGAUAUUAGACAUUAUAAAUAUUACAAGAAUUACAUAUAUUUCUUGUUCUUUUUUUUUAAACAAUAUUUGAUUUGAAAAUGUAUCGUUUCGAGACUAUUUCACAUUGUGAUAUGUCAGUACACUAUAAUACUAUUUCUCUCUUAA